GUUACAAAGACAAAUUUUCAUUCAUAAAAAAUAUUUGUUCGUUUCACAUCGAGUGCCGUAUUUUGACAAAAGCUAUUUAAAGCUGUUUCGAUAUCAAUAACACAAUGCGAAUUCUACGUUCACAGUAUCUGAAAUAUAACGCACAGCAGGCACUGGAUGCCUCAACUGCAACUAAAACUACAGCAACGCUAACUGCUCAGACAAGACAAGAUGUGAAAUCUAUACAAACACUUACACAGACAACGCACACUACGGUAUGCCGCAGUUCGAUACUACCACUCAAGGAUAAUUUGAAAGCAACGCUUCAGGGACGCAAUUCCAGUAUUCCAUUUAAUAACGCAUCGGAGUUGACACCGGUUUUUCAAACGCCUUUGUCGGCUAUUGAAAAGGAUAAAAACGGCAAUUACCUAGAUGGAUCUGGAGGGCCAUUAUCUAUAAAGCAACGACGUCAGACGGUUGCUUGUGCCAGUGGUGACGAGCUUUUAAAAGAACAGGUGUUAAAAGGAUUAAAAAUUAGAUUGAUUAACACACCUUGCGAUCGAUAUACGCGCAUUAAUCUAGUCGUAAGAUUCUAUGAUGAAGGUGAUAUAUGGUAUACACAAUUCUAUCGUGGUUAUCAGAAUGUUUUGUGGUUGAAAAUACCACGUGAAAACGGCCACAAAAAGCAGCGGUGGUAUUUUAAGUGUGAGGUUUGCCAGAAAAAGUUGUGCUCUUUUUCUACGCUAAAGUCGCAUCUUAAUAUACACAUGGGCUUUUUUCCACAUCGCUGUGAAGAGUGUCCUAAACAAUAUCCUGCCAGGAGUACAUUACAGCGACAUAAGAAAACAAAACACGUAGACGUAGUUUAGAUGCAGUGACAAAGACAAUUGCUUAGUAAGCUGCUAUAACAAAGACAAUAAUAAUUGCUUACAAUUUGGACGAAAUAACUAGCUGAUUUAAGAAUAGGAAUGAGAGUGAAUAGUUUGGUUUUGUAAGUUUUAAGUUUACAGCGUAGUUUCUUUUGUAUGACAAUCACCAAGUGAACUAAAAUAAAACAAAAGUUAACAUAUUUUAAUACAUCACGAAACUGAACUUUUUCUUACAGAAAAUAAUGAAUAAAAAAUGAUUGUUUGUUAAUAA